AUGCCUGGCUCAUUUUAUGGGAGCACCAGAGGGCGCAGAAUUGCCAGAGAAGGUAGUUCUAGUGGUGAUUCUAUGAAAUACAGUUUUUACUUCGAUAAAUUGAAUAGGGACGAUAAAGAAAAGUCCAGAAUAUUAAAUUACACAAAGGCGAAGGCGUCUUACAAGGUUGAUUCCAUUGCACAGCUGCACCUGUUUGUUCUUACAGUUUUGUUGUUAGUCUAUCUUCAAGAUAACUCUUUUCUUAAGCUUUCAAUUAAGGGUCUACUUGAGUACUUUCUUUUCCACUAUAAUCCCGCGGACCAAAAGCAUUUAAUGUCGGUUCUUUUGGAAGGAGUGGAUGCUGAUGAAAGUGCAGUUGCAAAUCUGGAGCAUCAACUACAAGUCUGGAAGAAGAUUUUGCUAUUGCAGAUUUUUUUUAUUAACUUUUUGGUUAUCGCAGAUCAUGUUUUUAACCGGGAGGAACCAUCGAUUCCAAUUCCUCAACUAGCACUGCCUUUUACCUGGAGCGGCUUGUGGUCGAGCAUCCGGGGCUGGCUUAAUAUGGAAGCAUCCUACCGGUUGAGUAUUUACUCUGAAGGAAACCGGAGCUUUCAAUUCGGAUCCGUUUUCAUUGAUUUCAUUGGAGAAAUAAAAUACAGCGAUAAGGUUUUCAUAAUCAUUCUUGAUCUUCUGGUACCCUUGAUUCAGUAUAUUAUGUUUCAAGCAAUUGUGGGUGAUUUUGACGGUGCCACAAGGGGACGAGCCUCUGGACAAUCUGAUAAUGGUGUUACUCCGCUUAUAAAGGACUCUAAUGAAGAUGGGUAUCAAGGAACGAUCUGUGCAUUCACUGUUGAUGUUUUUCCGAAGCUGACAAUGCGGAAAAUGAUCAAAGUAUUUUACGACUAA